UUGAGACCAAACAAAUGGAAUUGUUACUAUUUUUUUGCCAUAACUAGUUACUACUUAUACCAUCCGAAUUUUGUAAAUACUGUUCGCUCUUUCCUGUUGCCCAAAUCUAGUUGCUGCAGAAAUUCCAAUGCAAUUUUUUUAUGGCUAUAAUCUCCUAUACUUUCUUGGACGAUGGAGUAUUUGAUAUCUUUAAGAUAUCUUUCUUACCUGCUUUUGUUAAGUAUUUUACGAUUUUAUCGAUUUUUAUUACACUUGUAGUCUCAUUCUGGGUUUUGUACAGCUGAGGAAGGUAUAUAUGACUUUUAUAGUCAAAAUGGUUGGUUACAUUGCUGCUUAGUUACGACCUUGUUUAUAUUAAUAUUUCUUUGUUUGUAGUAUAUCUAAGACCGUUUUCUUUACUGCUAAGUAUUCUCGGUUCUUGGAUUGUAAUAAUCAAAAUAUAUACAUUUUUUAUAGAUCAUUUCUGGGGAUCAUUCAUCUUCAUUUUUCUUCAAGAUUUUUUUCUCUUUUCUGCAACUUUUUCUUUUUAUUAUAUUUUUUAACACCUUCUGUACAUUUACCUAAAUCGUAUAUGAGUUAGAUUCAACUGUGAACUUCGAGAUUAACUACUAAUUGGGGAACUGAAUAUGAUUACUAGGGUGCUCGUUUCAUUUUGGAACAAUAUGGGUGAUAAUCCUUUAUGGGGUUUAUUCAGGAAUCCAAGGGAAGUUUUCAAGAAAGAUGAGUUAGGUCUAGAAAUGGCACAGAUUGCCUUGCCUGCAGCACUGGCUCUAACUGCAGACCCUAUUGCUUCUCUAAUUGACACUGCUUUUAUUGGCCAUAUAGGUCCUGUCGAGCUAGCUGCAGUAGGAGUUGCAAUUGCCGUCAUUAAUCAAGUAUCAAAAAUUGCAAUUUUCCCACUUGUUAGUGUCACGACUUCUUUUGUUGCUGAAGAAGAUGCUAUGCGAAGUUUGAAAGGUGAAACAGAGGAGAUAAAAUUAUUGGAAAAAGGGUUUUCUGCAGAUAGUGAGUUGAUACCGAAAACUGAAACUAGUGAUGGCGAGAAUAAGAAAAGGCAUAUAUCAUCGGCUUCAUCAGCAAUGGCGAUUGGUGCCAUACUUGGCCUCAUACAAUCUAUAUUCGUUAUUUUUGCUGCAAAACCAAUUCUUGAAUACAUGGGGAUUAAAUCAAAUUCGCCUAUGCUGAAACCAGCACUAAGGUAUUUAACAUUGAGGUCAGUCGGUGCUCCAGCCGUUCUUCUUUCUUUGUCAUUGCAAGGGGUCUUUCGGGGUUUUAAGGAUACAAAAACUCCUCUGUAUGCAACUAUGGUUGGAGAUGCGGCGAAUAUAGUAUUGGACCCUAUAUUCAUCUUCCUGUUCGGUAUGGGUGUUAGCGGUGCAGCCAUUGCCCAUGUCAUUUCCCAGUAUUUAAUUGCCUUGAUGCUCAUGUGGAGAUUAAGUGAACAAGUUAGUCUCUUGCCUCCAACAGUAAAAGACCUGCAACUUGGUCGGUUUUUCAAGAAUGGAUUGCUUUUAUUAUUCAGGGUAAUUGCAGCAACGUCCUGCAUAACACUGGCAGCUUCAUUGGCUGCAAAACUGGGAUCAACAUCCAUGGCUGCCUUUCAGGUGUGCUUGCAAGUUUGGUUAGCAACCUCAUUGCUUGCUGAUGGAUUAGCCGUAGCUGGACAAGCGAUUCUAGCCAAUGCAUUUGCAAGAAAAGAUUAUGAGAGAGCCACCGCCACUGCUGUUCGUGUGUUACAGUGGAGUUUGGUUCUGGGGCUUGUUCUCUCUCUUGUUGUGGCUGUUAUACUAAAAUUUUCAUCUGAAUUCUUUACAAAGGAUAUAACCGUUCUUCGCCUUUUACAUUUAGGCAUCCCGUUUGUGGCAGUGACCCAACCAAUAAAUUCCUUGGCAUUUGUUUUUGAUGGAAUAAACUUUGGAGCAUCAGAUUUUGCUUAUUCUGCAUAUUCCAUGGUUUUAAUUGCUGCAUCGAGUAUCUUUUUCUUGUUUUUUCUAUCCUCUAGCCAUGGUUUUGUGGGUAUAUGGAUUGCCUUGUCGAUCUUUAUGAGUUUGCGGGCACUAGCUGGAUUUUUGAGUGCAGGAUUGGGACAAGAACUGGACCAUGGGGCUUUCUCCGGAGUUAAUUACUACUCUAAACUUCAUUUUUCCAUUUUGCUCCCUAUUCCUUUGUUAAUAUCAAACACACUCAUCUUACUGUUGUACACAUGAAUGGAUUUAAUGAUUGCUAAUAGCGUCUUCAUCCUUUACACUACAUGCAAUCGUAUGAUUUGGUAAUUAAAAUAAUAAUUAAUUUG